UGUCCCGACUCUGUCACGGAGUGGCUAUCGCAUUCCCUUACUUACCACUUUGUCACUGGACGAGCGAACCAGGCUAUAGAAGAAUUCGCCAUAGAGCCAAUUGCACCCUUCUUGCUUGCGUCAUGGUCGGGGUUCAGUUUGAGAAGAAGGACAUAGUUCGUAUCGAUAAAAGUUCUGCCUUGGCUCGAUUCAUGGAUGCCCUUUUGGCGAAGUUCCAAAUGGUUCUCUGUGAAUGCGAUGGAGGCGAUCUCGACAAAGACAGCACAGGAGUCACACGCAGGGCAUGGAAACUCCUCAACAUCAUCUGUCCCAUCCUUGAGUCUGCCAAAGAUAACUAUCCUAUAAGUCGUUCAGUCGACGUCAUGCGGAACCUGGACGCGUGCCGGAAGAUCUAUUCACGACUCAGGUCACCCGAACAAAAUGAUCCCUGGGAACUGUUGAAAGCUCUGAAAAAUGGACUACGCUUCACGCUCACUGCUGCCGAAGUAUCUCGGGACCCUACCCGUUUGUGGUAUAGCUAUUAUUUAGGGUCGCAUGAUUUCCAUCCACCAGAAGAUUUCGACUGGUUGGUGGACUACCUCGAGUACAUUUAUUCCGACGACGAGGACACGGCAUUUGACAUCCUUUUGUUCCUGGUGGUCAUGAAAGCGCGCUACAGUCCUGCUAAACAACAUCAGUUCUUCAAGAGCCUCAUUGCCUGCAUGGGCAGUAACAUGCCUAAGCAUUUGCGCCAUGUCGCUCUCCGCGCGGCUAACAGCGCUCGAGAACAAAUUGCCUCAAUCGAUGCCAUCGAUGACGCGAAGUUGCGAGACAUGAUCUUGACCGAGCUCUCCCCCGCUAUCCUGACUGCAGUUUGCCUGCAACCAGAUGCAACGCUCUCUGAUCAUGAUCUUGGCCGCGACUUGAACUACCUCGAACUGCUAUUUACCCUCGCAAGGAAUUCCAACUGGCACCCCCAUUUGAUUAGGGAUCACAUAGAUCAAUGCAUCAGCAUGAUUACAAUGUGCUGCAGAUAUGAGGAGCAUGCCUUCUACCUAGCUGAAAUCUUCCUCCAAAUCGCACCUGAACAGUUGUCAGUUACAACGCUCGAUUCUGUCACAGAGCAACAGUGGUGGGACAUGCUCAGCACUGCGUGGUUCAUUGCCCCUCGUAUGAUGACUGUAUUUAACGACAUCAAGUUACUUCUUGCCCUUGUGGAAAGCACGAAGAAGUAUAUCCAAAUUGCUCCGACAUAUGAUCUCGAUGCUCUCAUUGGAAACGUGGAUCGUGUUAUCCAAGUACUGGAGGAGAAAAUUUCAGAACAGGGAGAGGGAGAGGGCAUCGCCGUUGCUGUGAAAGAGUUGGGGACUAUAGCCAGUGAUAUGCUUGAGAAGUUGGUCAGCAGUAAAGGAGUUAUUAGUCCCUGAAUACUAUGAUGGUACUUGCAUGUUGUACCUGGGACCAGAGGAACGAUGCAACUCUGCGAGGGGAUAUGUAUCACGACUCAAACAAUAUUGAUACUUGAUACGUCUAUGUAUUGUAGGAGACAAGUCACAUCUGUACUACAUAUAUGGAAAUCUACUCAUCUAAGACCAAUCAAA